AUGAGGUCAGAAACCUGUGCCGCGGGACUCAUACCUGGGCCUAGGAUCAGGAGGCAGGAGCGGAGGUCAGGCUGCUUUUGCUGUGCCAUGGAGACCGGUGUACGCAUCUACAACGUGGAGCCAUUGAUGGAGAAGGGACACCUGGACCAUGAGCAGGUGGGCAGCAUGGGCCUGGUGGAAAUGCUGUACCGCUCCAACCUGCUGGCCCUGGUGGGCGGUGGUAGCAGUCCCAAGUUCUCUGAGAUCUCGGUGCUGAUCUGGGAUGAUGCCCGGGAGGGCAAGGACUCCGCGGAUAAGCUGGUGCUGGAGUUCACCUUCACCAAGGCAGUGCUGGCUGUGCGCAUGCGCCAUGACAAAAUUGUGGUUAUGCUGAGGAACCGCAUCUACGUGUACUCCUUCCCUGGCAGUCCCCAAAAGCUGUUUGAGUUCAACACCGGGGACAACCCAAAGGGUAUCUGUGACCUCUGCCCCAGCCUGGAGAAACAGCUGCUCGUGUUCCCAGGACACAAGCGCGGGAGUCUGCAGCUCGUGGACCUGGCGAGCGCAAAGCCAGGCACUUCGUCUGCGCCAUUUACCAUCAACACCCAUCAGAGCGACCUGGCGUUUGUGUCCCUGAACCAGCCGGGCACCGGGGUGGCCUCGGCCUCCCAGAAGGGCACCCUUAUUCGCCUUUUUGUCCCACAGUCCAAGGAACAGCUGGUGGAACUCCGCCGAGGCACCGACCCUGCCACCCUCUACUCGCACAUGUGUCAAACACAAGUUCGACUCCCCUACGACUGCAUCAACUUCAGCCAGGACUCUUCCUUCCUGUGUGCUUCCAGUGAUAAGGGCACGGUCCACAUCUUUGCCCUCAAGGAUACCCGCCUCAACCGCCGCUCUGCGUACCUGCGGCCGCUGCACACCCUCCUAAGCGCGCUGGUGGUGGCGGUGGCCCUCGGGGUGCUGGUGUGGGCGGCUGAGAGCCGCGCCUGCCGCCACAGCCACCCCGCCGCCUGCCUGGCCGCCUUGCUCGCCAUCCGCCUCCUGGUCCUCAGGGCGGUGGGCGGCGCGGGCACCUUCCUGCUCAGCAUCGCCCGGCCAGUCCUCCUGAUCCUGGUGCACGCCUCACUGCGCCUGCACAACCUCAAGAACAAGAUAGAGAAGGAGAUCGAGAGCAUUGGCCUCAAGCGGACACCAAUGGGGCUGCUGGAGGCGCUGGGACAAGAGCAGGAGGCUGGAUGGAUCCUAGGGCCUUGGGAUCGGUACCCAAGGCCUGGAGGACCCCAACCCCAACCCAUAACUGGGAUUUAG